AUGGAGGAAAGUGACGAAGUGAAAAAGAAACUUCGUGGUUUGAAAAAGAAAUUCGAACGAUUCGAGAACUUCGAUCCGAAAGAAGCGCGCAAGAAGCUCGACGAGAUCAGCGACAAUGCCAUCGAUGAAGCUAUGGCAAAGCUCAAGAUGGCGAAACAGGUCCAUAAGCAUGUUGACGCCACAAUCAAGCUGCUGGAGGAAGACGAAGGUGGCACAGCUAAGAGUCAGGCCCAGAAACGACUGAAGAAGAUCGAGAAGACUUUCAGCGAUCUGAUCAAAAAUCCGCCCGGAGACGUGAAAGAUGCAGUGUGCAGAUUUUCAUUCCCAGUGAAAGAAGAUUGCCCUGAUCUCGACUUUUCGAGUUCAGAAGAGGAGGAUGAGAUCGUGUGCUCUUACGUUGAUAGCGUCCGGCUAGAAGGCCGUGAAAGCUCUCACAAGAGUACCUCAAGUAAGAAAAAGCAAUCGAAGAAUGAUGAUUCUUCUGGUAAUAGCGACAAUGAGAAGGCGACGCGGACUUUGUCGACAACAGGAUCCACGAAAGCUGAAACCAUGGAAGAUAUCUCCUUCGCGGGAUCAACUCUUUCCAGUUUUAGCAGAAUAUCCAAGCGUUCACGGAAGUCUCCGGCGCUAGUGUCGUCAAGAAGUGGCCGGAAGUUAAGAAUGCCGAAAUCUGAAAUCAAGGAAGAGAGCGAAGAUGAAGAAGCAGAAACUAUUUCGUACGCUCCUUCAUCUGUCACUGAUUUCAGCCGGAUAAGUAAGGCAAGAAGAGGUAAGCAGCAAGCUUCUGCACAAGAAGCCAGAAAGGCUGAAUCGAUGUUCCGGGUAAAGAAGCUGCUUGAUGCUAUUCCUGAUGUGGAACCGAGCGGAAUUUACUUGAAUAGAAAACUUGGUCCCGUGAGAAACUUGAAAAAGGGGAAAAAGAAGAAGAAAUUAAAAGAGAAAGGAAUCGAAGUGAGUGGUGGUUCAACUUCUGAGGGCGAUUCAACUGACGACGAUCUUAUCCCAGCGAGCUGGAAACACAGAGCUCCUGCUCGUGAGACUCUCACUUCGAUCAAGGAUUAUUGUGACUACAUUAACGUCGAGAAAGUCCCAUACGGAGUGUUAAAAAAGGUUGAUUUGGAGAAUCUGGUUAAACUUGGAACUCCUCGGGUGAAUAGAGAAAUGAAGACAGAUUCAGAGGUGAUUUCUGAUGGUUGGACACCAAGUAUGGGAGGGAAGCAAUACUUCCCUGUCAUUGCAAAUAUCAUCAAGUCAAGAGGAAACCAGGGAUAUGACAGAGGCUCAAUGCUCCAACCGAUGGAUGCGAUCGUCGACUCUCGAGAGGGUGAUGGAACUUAUUACUACGUUUACGAGCGAGGAAACAGACGUGUCCAGAGUUUCAGCCUCCCGCAAGUUCUCAAAGAUCAAGGUCCUUUCUAUGGAGCUGAGGAGAUACUGGAAAGUCGAGGAAUUUACAACGGAACAACGACGGGGGUUGUUUCGACCUCUGCUUCUAUCGCUAAAUGGGGCAUUAACAUGUGCAUGUACACAUGUCCAAAAGUCGAGCAGUUUUAUGAAGGCUUGAGAAACGCCAAACAAGAGAAAAUCGUGCCUGUGACUCAAGUCUUUCUACUCUGCCACAAUGAGGAAGAGCCGGAAAAUAGCCACAUUAAACAAUUCGAGGCGAAGGAAAUGAAAAAGAUGCGAGACUGGAAACUCCCGAAGGAAAUCAAGCAGAAGGGGCUUCGCUUCUGCAAGUGGGGAGGCGUCACAAUGUGUCUUGGCGAUCCAUAUCGCCCAGAGGCUCGACUGUGCACGGUGGCGAUGCUAGAAACGACGGACGGCCACUACAAGGCGAAAUGGUAUUUGAUCCGGUGGAGGGUUGCAGACGAUGAAAUGUACGGAAAACCGAAGUUGCUCGAACUCAAAUGGCUCGAUAAGUCAAAAUCGGGAGAGACUCCUAUCGUUGACGACGUUAAAAUUGGCUACAUGACCUCUUGGGGAGAUCAGCUUUAUAUCUCCGACGUUGGACGACGGCAACUAUAUUUGACAGAUUUGGAAGGAAACUUGCGUCGGCAAAUCGGCUCUGAAAACCUCCAACCAUCGAAAAAACAUGAGCUUUUUGGCAGGCCAGGAUCUAUCACGGUUGAUGCCCACGGCAAUUUCCUCGUUGCAGACGAAACCAACAACCAAAUAAAGAUCUUCACGAAGACUGGUGAUUUCCUUGGCCUUCUCAUGCACAAUUUCGUCAGCAGCCCCUGUGGUUUGGAACUUCUCGAUGAUGGACGGCUGAUUUACUUCUCCAAAGAGACCUCCACAAUUUACGUCACAAAACUCGGGCCUGAUUAUGAAGACUUGGAAUUCAAAAGAGAAGAGUCGGAAGGAUCAAAACGCUUCUUUAACACUAAAUACGCCAGUCAUAGAGGAGGAAGAGGACGUGCUGGACGUGGGCGCGGAGGAGGUCGUGGCCGUCGCGGGGUUUCUCCUGGAUAUUCACGAUUUGUUCCAGGAGGUAAUUUACAAGGGACAGCACGAGAUGUCACUUCAUCUUUCUCCACAAUGAACAAUCCUCGCUCAAAUCAUAUAAGCAAUUCAUCGAUUCCGGUGGACAAUGCAACUUCCGAGAUUCAACCUUCCCGAAUCGAAUCCUUCGUUGCAGGAAGUAGCGUCUUCGAUGAGCCUGUAUUCGAGAGUGAUUGCCACAAAUCUGAAAACGUCGAAACUGCAUCCAUCAGCAGCUCUAAGUUUCUACCUGGUCGAGUCACCAACCCCAAGCUUUCUGAAAUCGACUUGCAGUGGCGUAUUCCCGUGAUUACUGCCGCAAAGAAAUUUACUUCCCAUCGUAUCGAUUAUUUUGCGUCAAUGUGGUCACCUCCUGUCUGGCUUAAAACAAACGGAAAGUUCAACGGCAUCGGAAAGCUGCGUGGAUCUCCUGGAGACAUUUAUCACAAAACUCUUGCGAAAUACUACAGAAGAUACGUUGAUGAAAUGAGAGAACAAAAUGUGUCGAUAAUUGCUGUAACGAGCCAAAAUGAGCCAACAAUGGGCCUCUUCAUCGAUUCGGCGUGGAACGCGCUCGGCUGGAGUCCCAAAGACCUUCGAGAUUGGCUCGAGUUCGAUCUUAUUCCGGAAUUCCGAAACAGCUCAACAAAGAUUUGGCUGUUUGACGACAACAGAAUAAUCCUCAGGCAGUACAUCGAUUAUCUCAUGACCAGCGAAGUAGUUCGCAACGAAACGACUGGAAUUGCGCUUCACUGUGAUCCCAAGCAUAGAUUCAAUGAGCCAUCGAGUCGCGGCGGAGCGAGUUAUGAGCUCAAUCAGAAUCAGAGACUGGGCCAGGCGGGACUUGUUGAUGCCGCUUUCGUUGUUAGAGAUAGAAGAUCAGCCUACCAGGACGAUUUGCGAGAUGAUGGCUCUACAAUGAGCUCAACCCGUCCAUCAAGAACUUCCUCCCGUCCUGGCUCUUCAAAGAGAGCUGCCAGAGAAUCCAAUCAAGAUCGGAAACUGCUGGAAAGAAUCGAUCUUGAAAAUCGUCAACUAGAGAAAGUCCCGGAUCUGCGACAGGAAGAAUCGCUCAAGCUUAUCAACUUGCAGCAGAAUAGAAUAACCGACCUGACGAAUCUGAAGUAUUUGUGGAACCUGGUGUUUUUGGAUCUCUAUGACAAUGAGAUUUCCAAUCUCUUUCACUUACAGCCCCUUAUCAAUCUACGAGUACUGAUGCUCGGAAAGAACAAAAUCGACCGAAUCCACGGACUCGAUACUUUAACCAAACUGGACGUACUGGAUAUGCACUCGAACAAUAUCUCGGAUCUCUCCGGUCUGGCGCAACAGUCAUCUUUGCGCGUGCUCAACUUGGCGGGGAAUAAAAUUUCACUGGUUCAUGGCCUCCAAAAGCUCGAGAGUCUGGCCGAGCUGAACGUUGUUGCAUCAAAUACUUGCGGUUUGAACGGGCCCGAGACCUUUUAUCGACAAACAACGACGACUCUUCGCUCACACUCGUCUUCUCGCCAUCUUCGAUUUACUUGUGACGAUCGCUCCCCCCGAAACGGCCACAACACUCGAUUCCUCACCGACAAUGAGCCCGAGACAACCUGGUGGCAGUCUGAGACACUCUUCCAGUCUCGUAUCAACGCGCCGAACAAUGUCACACUAAUUCUUGAUCUCGACAAGGCUUAUGAAAUCACUUACAUUCGACUUCGUUUCCACUCUCCUCGACCUGAAUCGAUGAUUAUCGAGAAGAGAACUUGCGAAACAUGCCCGUGGACGAAGUUCCAGUACUACAGUAAAACUUGUGUUGAAACUUUCAAUCUCGCUGCUGGUGGCUACGUCCGUCCAGAAAACGAACGCGAAGCUAUCUGCGAGAGUAAGAUGUCCAAGAUUACUCCGAUCUCUGGUGGCGACGUGAUUUUCUCCUCCCUUGAAGGUCGACCAUCCAAGACGAACUUCGAACGUUCUCCAGUUCUACAAGAAUGGGUCACUGCUACAAACAUCAGAAUCACACUUGUUCGACUCAACACCUUCGGUGAUGAAAUUUUCCGCGGAACGAAGGUUCUCCAGUCGUAUUACUACGCCAUCUCGGAUCUUGCUGUCGGUGGACGUAUGAAAUGCAAUGGCCACGCCAAGAAAGCUCUUCGUGAUGCCGAAGGCAAGCCAAUUUGUGACUGCCAACACAACACUGCGGGUCCUGAUUGCGAAAUGUGCCUUCCUCUUUACAACAACAAGCCUUGGACUCGUGCAACGUCUUUCCACGCUGAGGAAUGUGAAAAAUGCGACUGCAACGGUCUCGCAGACUCAUGUGUUUACGACGAUCAACUUGGGCAUGGCCGCUGUAUCGACUGCCAGGACAAUUCUGACGGACCAAAAUGUGAAACUUGCAAGAAGGGCUUUUUCAAGAAUGAGUAUGGCAGGUGCGUUCCCUGCGGAUGUAACGCUGAUGGAUCGCAGUCCGAACAAUGCGAUGAUACUGGCAAGUGCUACUGCCACUAUGGCGUUGAUGGCGAUAAGUGUGACCGAUGCAAGGACAAUUUUUACAAUCUCGCUCGUGGCGGAUGCACACCGUGCAAUUGUCACAUCGAGGGUUCUCUCAACAAUAGGCCAUCAUGCGACGCAGUGACCGGCGAUUGUUUAUGCAAAGAAAACGUGCAUGGAAGACAAUGCAAAGAAUGCAAAAAUGGCUUUAUGGGCUUGGCCUCUAGUUUGGGCAACAACUUCCCCGACAAGAACAAUCCAUCAGGAUGCACGGCUUGUUUCUGCUUUGGACAUUCAAACAGCUGUUCUCCUGCCAAAAACUACGUCAAGGCAACCGUCUCUUCUAACUUCGACCAUGACGGCGAAACCUGGGUUGAGAUGGAUCCUUUCGCAGUCCAAUACGAUAAUGUUCUCGGCUGUGUUAAAUCGACAGAAAGCUUCAGCUUUCCACAAAAGUACUUGACCAACCAGCGACACUCCUACAAUCAGCAUUUGAAGUUCCAGCUCAAGGUCAAAUCUCCCGACCAAAAUGGGGAUUUUAUUGCUCCAGCGCGUCUCAGCCUCGUCGGUGUGGGAAUCUCAGGUGCUCCAACGGAACUCUCGUGCACACUUCAGAAGACGGAAAAUGAUGAGUAUCACGUGCGACUUCACGAAAGUGUCUUUGAACCAGCACUUGAGCCCGUGCCCUUUGUCUCCGUGCUCAAUAAUUUAACUUCUAUCGAAUUGAGCUUCCCUGGUGAAGGUUUGCUCGACAAGGUUGAACUUGAAACUGCUCGAGAAGGAUACGGCCCCAUUACUCCCGCUAAUGAAGCCAACUGGGUCGAGGUCUGCCACGAACCAAAGCGAACUCCGACUGCUGAUGCUUGCAGUCCAUAUUUCACCUUCCAAUCAAACACCAACAACCCUUACCAAGAAUGCAAGCCCUGCCAAUGCAACAAUCAUGCGGCACAGCCUUGUGACAUCGUUUCUGGUAAAUGCAAAUGCGAACAUAACACUUGCGGAGAUUUCUGUAAUGUGUGUUGCCCCGGAUUCUAUGGAAAUCCGUAUGAUGGAACCAAGAAUGAUUGUAAAGCCUGCCCCUGUCCAGCUGGAAGCGAGUGUUCCGCUACUUCAACUGUUCCCCAGGGUGUUACUGAUGGUCUCGCUGUUAUUUGCAACCGAUGUCCUCCUGGAUCUCAAGGACCCCGCUGUGAGCGAUGCCAAGAAAACUUUUACGGCGACCCCCUUGGACUUUAUGGCUCGCACCGAGUCUGCCAGGAUUGCCAAUGCAAUGGUAACAUUAACCUCCUCGAGCCCGGAAAUUGCGAUUCCUUCACUGGAAAGUGCCUUAAAUGUAUCCAUAAUACUGAGGGCGAUCAUUGUGAGCAGUGCAAAGAUGGCUUCUAUGGUAAUCCAGCUGCUCAAGUGACAGAGCAAGCACAUGGAAAGGGUUGCACUGCCUGCGAGUGCAAUGCUAAUGGAUCACGAUCUUCAACUUGUAAUAAGGCUACUGGAAAGUGCCACUGUCUUCCUGGAGUUGGCGGCGAUAAGUGUGAUGAAUGCUUGCCUCAGUAUUUCAACCUGGUGCCUGGUGUGGGCUGUCAGCUUUGCAGCUGCGAUCCAAUUGGGUCUGUUUCUGGAGAAUGCGAUGUCUAUUCUGGCCAGUGCGAGUGCAAACCAGGAGUCACCGGUACUCGAUGUGAUCAAUGUCUACCUGACCACUGGGGACACUCUCCCGAAGGCUGCAGCCCAUGUGACUGUAACGAACACGGAUCAUUGUCAUCCCAGUGUAACAUUCACACCGGUCACUGUGAGUGCCGAGACGGUGUCAUGGGAAUGCGAUGUGAUCAGUGCGAGGAGAACUACUUCUACGACAGCACCGAUUAUGAAUGCACGAAAUGCCCGGCUUGUUAUGAUCUCGUCCAAAAUCACGUGAAUCGUCAUCGAACUAAACUUGGACAGCUUGAUCGUCUUGCCGGAGAAGUCGUCAACAAUCCUCACCGAUUCCUCAAUGAUAAAGAGUUCGAACAUGCUGUGAAUGGACUUCUUUCUGCCUCUCGAAACUUUGAUGAAGAUGUUUACGAAGUUCUGGAUGUGUUUGAAGCCUUCAUGAAGGAUUUGUCCGAUACUAAUCAGACAUUCUCCAGCGUCAUGCUCCAGCUUCACCAGUUUAAAUCACAGAUGGAAACAUGUGAACGAUCUAUCUCCCACUCGAAGAAUCAACAGCGAGCUACUGAAGGAACUAUCAGUGUGAUUGAGUCUAUUUUCUCCGGAAUCGAGCGUGCUUUGCGAGAUGCUCAUGACCAGCUCAGUGACGCUGAAAAUCUUUCUCGAGGUCAAUAUGUUCGCCACGAAGAACUACGAUCGCUCUAUUCUCAAGCGAUGGGCGCUCUUGACAAGCACCGAACAGAAAGUGAGAAGGUCCAAUUCGCCGCAAAAGCAGCCAUGGAAACAUCUCAGCGCGCUAGACAACAGAUAGAAGGCUCGUUAGACCUGCUGAACGACAUGAAGGGCUCACUGUAUACGUUUGUCACCGACGAUCUUAAACUCACACAGCAACGAAUCACAGCUCUCCGAGACAGCGCUAAACUGGCUAAAAAGCAGGCAACUGAAGCAAAAAAUAAAGUGAUGGCUUUGAACAUUCCAACUGCAGAGAGUAUCCCGGAAAUCGAUGACCAAAAGAUCAAAAAGAUGGCAAACGAAAUUGAGCUUCAAGCUGAAGACUUGAGCAAACGACUUGAUCGACUCAAGGAUAGACUGCAGGAGUCGAGGGACAGAUACGAAGAUGAAGCAACCGUUGCAAAUGAGAAAUACGAAGCUGGUCGAUUUUACUUGAACAAGGCCGACAAACUUCUUGCAUCAGUCCACGCGGCUCAGCAAAAAGCAAAGGGCGACAGAAGUAACAUCGACAAACUCUUCAAAAAGUCGCAGCACUUGGUCGAUGUUAUCAAGAAUUAUUUCGCUGACACCAACGGCGACGACAUUUCGGGCGAUGUCGAUCUCGAUGGAAUCACUGUCGAAAGCCUUGAUCGAAAAGCAGACGCUCUCACUGACAGAAUCGAAAGCUACAAGACCAACGUUGCUGACAUGGCGACUCAAGCUGAAAAUGCAUUCGAAGAUGCCGCUGAUACGCUCAAAACUGCCGAUGAUAAUUUGAAAAUGGCGAAUACUGUCGUCUCCGAGACGACCCGACUUCAAGACAGCAUCUUGAUCGAUACGGAAAACCUGAACGAAAGAGAUGGAUCCAGUUUCGAAAGAAAAUUCAUGGACAAGAGCAACGAGGUCGACGAAAAACUCGCUGAAUCGAAGCGAAUUGCAUCGAUGGCGUCCAACGCUCGCGAACAAGUCGACACGCUUGCUCUCAAUUUGGACAGCAUUGAUGCCCUUCUGGCUGAAAUCAAGGAUCGGGAGCUUUUGGGCAUAGUCGACCAGAUCAGCAAGACAUUUGGAGAGUCAAAGACGCGCGACGAUAUUGCAAAGACUCAGGAAGCUUAUCAAUUGUUGAAAGACAGAUUUGAGAACCAAAAAGCGGGUGCGAUAGAGAAGGUAGAGCAGAUGGAGCGAGAUCUUCAGGGCAGCCUCCAGCACUUGAGCAAGAACAAGGCGCUGGAGAAAACGCUGCAGAGCGAGGUGGACAGGCUAAGUCAGAUCCACGACGCACUACCGAAUUGGUGCAAGAAGAACGCCAAAACCAACGAAAGCGGCUCUUCUUCCGCCUCCUCUUCCUCCGCGGACAGCUCGAGCUCCAGGAAUUGGAGAGAACCAAUCACGGAGCAAACCUAA